AUGGCUUCUCAUCCUUUAAAUUCCCAGGCACAAUUCCCGUAUUUGGAAAAAGUUUCGGAACUUGCGAAGGAAAACCCCAGAUAUUCCGCAAUCGGCUCCGAAAUUCUGACCACCGACAGUCAUGCUCACGAUGGUGGCUGGGCUAUCAUCAAUGACAUGAGUUCCGACGCGGGCGUCCUUCCUGAAUCUAGCAAAUUCACCUUCGAUACUGAACAUUCCAAGUCAUCGUUCAAUAGCAAACUCAGGAAUAUUCCAUCUCUGAGACAUACAAGAGUGAUUCUUUUCCUGGCGUGUGAUAUUUCCAUCUCCAAGCGAAAUUACAGAGAAUUUUACCGACCACAAAUAGUCCAUCCCGCCACGGCUGGGAUUCUAGGAAGUUUGUAUAAGGUCCUGCCCUCUUUCUUCUAUCAUGUACUGGAUCCAAUAGGGGGCUAUCCAAAAGAUAGGUCCUCAUGGGCCGCGGGUGGGAAACUUGACGGAGUUGAACAAUAUUUAAAAUUCGGAUUUGAAUAUUCUACAGAGCACUCAACCCCCUGUUGCACAGUCUACUGCAUUAAAAAUGCGACUUUUAAUACUGUGGUUAUCAACUACCAUAAACUUCUCUUUCGCAAUGUGGAUAAAGACAGAGGAAUUCCUAAGACAGCCGAAGAAUUUUUGCACGCAAUCACUCGACUCUUGGGUGGAAUGACCAACUCAGAAGUCGAAUCCGUGGUGAAAAACCCUUUGGAGCUCUUGGUACCAGUAAUAAAAGACAUGGAGGAUUAUUUUUCUCGAGAUGUCGAAUAUAUGAACUGGAGUCUUCAAUCAUGGAUCUCUGAUCUCGACUAUAAACUAUCUGCUGUAUCCCGAGCUCACCAGGACGACACUUUGUUGAAAGCAUGGCAUAAUGGUCGCGGGUCUCUGGAAAGUUUUGAGAAGAUCACUUCAAGGAUCGAGGACUAUCAGGAUCAAAUGAUAGCUCAGGGUGUGAUUGAGUAUGGUCAUAAUGACAAUCAAAAAAUCAAGAAUAUGUUACGACAACAUAGAAAGUCAUUAAAGGAGGCAUAUCGAUUAGAACAACAUGUCCGCGACACUUUACAAAUGAACGUUGGAAAUCUUUCUCUGAAGGAAUCCAGGAAGUCGCUGGAGAAGGCAAAUUCGCUAGGGAGGCUCUCGAUCCUUGCCUUCGUAUUUCUCCCUUUCUCUUUGGUAACAUCCUUUUUCGGUAUGAACAUCAGUGAGAUGACUGGCAGUGGCGCUUCGUGGAAAGUUUUUCUCAUAGUUGCUGCUAUUCUAUGUAGUCUGGGAGUUGUUUUCUUCCUUUGGAUAUUCAGGAAAUCUCCAAGGGUCAUGAGAUUUCUUUCUGCCUGCUCUUAUCCACGCAUUUGGGUUCUCCACCGGGUCAAUAAGAAGACAUUCAAUCAUAUCGGUUUGCGGCUUUGGUGUGCUGAUUACAUUGCUAGAUCAUAG